AUGGAAAGGGACGGUGACCAAGAAGAUCAGGCAUCGUGUUCUAAGUCUCCCUCCUGGUCCGAGUCGCUAGAUUCGCAGGAGAGUGACAAGGAUGCUAGUACGGACCAGUCUGAAGAUGAAAUUGACUCAAUUUCAAUUAAGCAGACGAAUGCGAAACUGAAAGGAGAUGCAUAUUGCGAAUGCUACAAGAAAGGAUUAGAGAAAUCUUGCAAAUGUGGAGAAGAUGACACAUAUUUUGAAUGGAUUUGGGAUGAUGAAACCAAAUCUGCUGCUAGCUAUGUAAAAGAUGAUAUGAGGGAAGUGAUGUUUCAUAUUGAUUAUAGUUGUGGCACAGCGGCUGUACGUGGCACACUGCCACUCAAAAAUGAGCAGUACUACUGGGAGAUUAAAAUGACAACACCUGUGUAUGGCACUGAUAUGAUGGUUGGUGUUUGCACAGCACAUAUUGAUCUGAACAAGUGUCGCCACAUGUUCUGUAGCAUGAUUGGCCAGGAUUCAGAGUCAUGGGGUCUGUCUUAUACAGGCAUGAGACAGCAUAGAAGUAUCAAGGAACAGUAUUCAUCCAAGUUUGGCCAGGGUUCCAUCAUUGGUAUUCACCUGGACAUGUGGCACGGAACACUAUCAUUCUACAAAAACAGGAGGCCAUUAGGUGUGGCAUACACUGGUCUCCAUGGUAAGAUCCUGUAUCCAAUGGUAUCAUCAACAGCUGCACGUAGUGGCAUGAAGGUGAUUCGUAGCUGUUCUUUCCCAACAUCCCUCCAGUUUAUGUGCUGCCAAGUUCUUCGCAAGGUCAUUCCAAAUCACUUAGAUGUUUUAAAAGUGAUCACCCUGCCACCUGGUUUUAAAAACUUUUUAGAAAACAAUGUGAGCUGGCUUCUCCAGCCAUGUCCGCCACAAAUGCCUCCACAAGACAAAGGACAAAAACGUAAACCCAAAAAGAGGACAAAUGAUGGACCUGUACAAGCAGAUGAUGUGGCAGGACCAAGCAAUUGUAAACAAAUGUUACUCAAGUGAGGAAGUGCUACAAUUAUCUGACCACUCAUUUCUUAAUCAGCAAAUGGAAGUAUUCUGGCUUCUGAUUUCAUUGAACAUUUUCAGCAAGCAUAACUGAAAACU